GCUGAAAAAUGAAGACAAGAAUGAGUUUUUGUUUUUCUCUCGUGUCUCUCCGAAUAUCACAUGCUUUGAGCAAUCUUCAGUAAUCAUAAGUCUCUUGUCUUCUCCUCAUCCUUCUAAUAUAAGCAAUGAGAGGUAGUUUACAAAAUGGUCCACCACUCUUUCUAUCUACCCUUCACUAUUAAACAACCAAUGGAAGGUGCUUACACCCAACAAAGAGAAAGAGCAUAAACUCAACAACAACAACUUCAACAACUGAAGCAAUGUACCUAUUAGUUACCUUAUAGUGUCCAUUAAUCAGAAUCCACUUUGCACUUUGAGAUUCUGGGUGUCUCUUGUCUCAACCUUUUCAAAGUUUGCAUUAGAGUUCAACUUUCAGUACAAUGACAUUGUAAUUGUCAAGCAACCACUUAUCCCAAUUAUAUUCCAACAAUAAUAAGCAGUUCUGUUUUCUUUCUGCUUUUGGAGCCUGGUUUUCUUGAAGGAAGGAAAAUCUGCAAUGGAGGUUGUGGGUAUGAUUGAGAAGAAUGAAGUUACUGAAGAAAAUAAAGAAUGUGAAAGUGGUUGUCAUGAUGAUAAUUUUUCUGAGCUGGUUGAAGAAAAGAGUCUGAGUAGUAGUGAGGACUCAUCUUCACCAUCUUCAAUGGGAUGGCCGGUUCAAGAAGUUUCUGCAUCUAAUUCUAGCAGUCAUAGUAGUGCUGAGAAAUUGAGUAAUGAGAAUAUUGAGAAACAAGUCUCAGUAUUACCAGGUCCAGUGCUAGAGAUUGAGAUGAUGAAGGAGAGGUUUGCAAAAUUGCUACUUGGAGAAGACAUGUCAGGUUGCGGAAAGGGGGUAACUACAGCCUUGGCUAUAUCCAAUGCCAUAACUAAUCUAUGUGCCACUCUGUUUGGGCAACUUUGGAGAUUGGAACCUCUGGCACCAAAGAAGAAAGCAAUGUGGCAAAGAGAAAUGGAGUGGCUUCUUUGUGUCAGUGAUCAUAUUGUUGAGUUGAAACCUACAUGGCAAACAUUUCCGGAUGGAAGAAAGGUUGAGGUCAUGACUUGCAGACCCCGCUCAGAUCUUUAUGUCAAUCUCCCAGCUUUGAGAAAAUUAGAUAACAUGCUUCUUGAAGUACUAGAUAGUUUUGUCAACACCGAGUUCAGGUAUGUGGAUCAAGGUAUUCUAGCCCCAGAUGGAGAUGGUUCAUCUUCUUUUCGGAGAGCUCUUCAACGACAAGAGGAUAAAUGGUGGCUUCCUGUACCUCAAGUUCCUCCUUGUGGUCUCCAUGAAAAUUCAAGAAGGCAGUUGCAGCACAAGAGGGACUGCACAAACCAAGUAUUGAAAGCUGCAAUGGCCAUGAACAGCAUUACUUUAUCUGAAAUGGAGGUUCCUGAUACUUAUUUGGAGUCUCUUCCAAAGACCGCAAGAGCCAGCUUGGGGGAUGUCAUUUAUCGAUAUAUUACAUCAGAUAAUUUUUCUCCUGAAUGUCUGUUGGCUCACCUUGAUAUAUCCACUGAACACCAAGCCAUAGAGAUUGCAAACAGAGUAGAGGCUUCCAUUUACAUUUGGCAUAAAAAGACUAACUCAAAGCCUGCAAGUCGCGCCACAAGAUCAAGUUCAAGAUCAUCGUGGGAAAUGUUCAGGGAUCUGAUUGUUGAGGGAGAGAAAAGUGAAAUGCUUGUAGAGAGAGCAGAAAGCCUUCUUCUGUCCUUGAUGCAGCGAUUCCCGGGUCUGCCUCAAACCGCCUUGGACAUGAGCAAAAUCCAAUGCAACAAGGAUGUAGGGAAAUCCAUUCUAGAGAGUUACUCAAGAGUACUGGAGAGUUUGGCUUCUAAUAUUGUUGCGCGCAUUGAUGAUGUGCUCUAUGUAGAUGAUUUAACCAAGCAUUCUGAUCAAUUCUCAUCUCUACCAAAAGUUGCUGUAAUUACUCAAAAGAGCAUUUCAUCAGCUCCAUACUCAAUGCCUGUCCAAAGCACUUCGUAUAAACCAGCUUUCGGGACACCAUGUUUUUCUCCUGCAAAGGGUAAAAGAUCACCAAUUAAUUUUCACAGCACUGAUGAAGAGGCAGCAUUUGAAAUAGACAUAGAGUCCAGUGACUGCACAGAUGUUAAACUCAAUGUUCUGGACCGGGCAUGGCUAGAAUCUCAAAGCUGAAACAUCUAUUCACUGGGAGUUGUCUUUGUUUGUAUAAUGUAUAUGAAAUAUGUAGAAGGAUGGGCAUAUUUAGAGUGGAUAAUUUGGAAUGAGGUGCCUCUAGUUGGGGUGUUUUAUGUUCUAAUUACCACUUCAAUCAAUGUGAAUGAUAUAGAAAAAUAAAAUUGAAAAUAUUUCAAAAUCUUUCAAGAAA